AAACCAAACAUAUAAAUUGGACUGCCACCGGAGUCCGUUCUUCGCCAUUUUGGUGCAUCACUAAAACCCUAGAAGAUAAAUCGAGCGGCGUCGUCGGCGGAUUUGUUUCGGUAGCCCCCGCUCGGAUCUCCGGAGUUGCUGUUGCUUGUUAACUCGCACAAGCUACGAUUUGAUACAAAUAUUUUGACUUGGGGUGAUCACUGAAGCAAGUGAAGAACCAUUCUCUGGUAAAUGGAUCUCGACAAAAUCAGCGGACUUCCAGAGGACGUCAUCGACAACAUUCUUAAAUACUUGCCUUUGCCAGAUGUGGUGAGAACUAGCGUACUAUCCAGAGAAUGGAGGUAUAAGUGGUUAACAGUUCCUAAUCUAGAUUUCGAUUGGGACUUCAGACAAGCGCUGCCUUCCGAAUUCCCCCGUGAAUCUGUAAUCUCCCGCAUAUUGUUAUUGCACAAAGGACCCCUAACCAAGUUUUCGCUUACACAUCGUCUUGACCGUGGCCAUGUGGUUGUGGAUCAAUGGCUCAAGAUCUUGAAAAGCAAAUGUGUUCAGGAGUUAUCACUAUCACACAAUUCUUUCACCAUACCCACUCUAUAUGCCAUACCUAACGAUCUAUUUAGUUUUCAUCUCCUCAGGAAGCUGCUACUUACUUCGGCUGACAUCAAUUUGCCUCCUACUUUCCAAGGUUUUAGAAUGCUUGUCGAGCUUAGUCUUUGGGAUGUCCAGAUCACCUAUGAAAAUUUGUGCAUGUUUAUUUCUAAAUGUCCGGAGCUUGAGCACUUGUAUCUUCAUGGGUUGAAAGGCAUCACAACCUUUUGGUGCUCCGAUGUUGAUGCUCCUAGAAUCAAAUGCUUGAGCCUUGGACGAAUAGAUGUCAAACUACCUCUUACGUUCAAUGGUUUCAGUUUGCUUGCCCAACUUUUUCUUUUGAGAGUCAGCAUUGCCCCUCAAGAUUUGCAAAGGUUUGUAUCUGAAUGCCCAUUGCUUGAGUUGGUGUUUGUUGAUGGGUGUUUCGAUGAAACUCAAUCUUGCCAUCUCAAUAUUAAUGCUACUAAUCUCAAACAGUUACAUCUUGAUCAUGUUGAUUUCACACCUCAUUUUGAUGGUUUUAGUCUGCUUAUCAGACUUGAUCUUGAGAAUGUCCGGAUCACUCCUGAGGAGUUAGGAAGUGUUAUUUCGAAAUGUCCAAUGUUUGAGUGCUUGUCUAUUAACUCGUGUUUUGCACCAACCACAUUUUGGUGCCUUGAUAUUGAUGCUCCCAAUCUUAGAAGCUUGUUUCUUACCUCUACCAACAUCAAACUUCCCCCUACGUUCAGCGGUUUUAGUAGGCUUGAAAAGCUAUGGCUCGAAGACCUCUGCAUUGAUCCUAAAGAGUUGCAGCUGUUUAUAUCAAAAUGUCGAAUGCUUGAAUUAUUGAUAGUUGAUAAGUGCAAUGACCAAGACACGUUUUGGUCUCUCAACAUUGAUGCUCCUAAUCUCUGGAUGCUGAAAUUAUGUGGCUUGUUCAGUUCAAUUCGUUUGAAGAACACAGGAUAUGUGAAAGAAGUUUCUGUCAACUAUCCGUAUUAUGAUUUAUUAAGUGAAGGAGCUGAAUAUGGAAAUAUUAAAUCUUCCGGGACAAUUGGAGAUGGGAGUAACAUGAUUAAGUUUUUUGGUCGACUUCCAUCUCUUGUAAAAUUGGAAGCUGGUAUCUCUUUUCUGCAGUUCCUGGCUAUCGGUGGCGUGCCGCAAGAACUUCCUUGCAAGCUCAACAAUUUGACGACGAUUGAACUAAGAAAUAUUAGUUUUGGCAUCUUGGACAAUGUCGCUUGUGUUGUUUGCUUGAUUAGAAGCUCCCCUAUCUUGUGCAACCUUGACAUUACAUUGGAAAAUUGGAAGGCCUUGAGGUGGAAUCAGGUUAGUGAUUCAGUGAGAGCUGAACAGAUGAAUAAAGCUGUCGAAUAUCUGAAAGGCGAACAGAAGCAAAGUAUGUCUUGCAAAAACCUCGAGAUUGUGAGUAUUGAAUUGUUUAGGGGUGUUGGACCUGAAGUAGAAUUUGUGAAGCUUCUUCUACUGUGGGGGACUGAACUUAAACAAUUGGAAUUAGUUUCUUAUUCUAUGGCUGUGGCUAAAGGAUUAGACAUUGCGAUAGAAGAGUUGAAGAGGUUCUAUCGGGAGUCAUCUUCGAAAGCUAAAUUUAUCAUAGAUAGACAGCAAGUGUGAAAUUUUACUUUGGGCGCGAACCUACUUUUCAUCUUUGCAUUUGUCUUAUUAUUUUUGUUAUGGCUUCUUCA